CGGAGGGUGGGGGCACUUCAGAAAAAUUGGGGUGUGUAUGCAUCAAAGUGGUGUCAGUAUAUAGACCUGUUAUAUGUGAUUCUGUUCUGUGAAGUCAGGGUGGGGGAAAUGGGUCAUACCGACCUAUGGAAAGUUGGGGUGCCCCAUAGCAAAUGAUGCUCCUGCAUAGGGCAAAAUAUCUGAGCCAGAGCACAGCGUUACAUCCCAUUCAUGAUGUGUGGCUCUGCGUUUAAUGGAACUACAGGCUUUCUCCCCUUUGGGUGCAGCUUCACUAAUGCAGCAUUGUGGAAGUGCUGGCACCAAAAGUUAGUGGUUUUGAGGAUUGUUCAAAGGUUUCCUAAAGCUGGAGUGUCCCAGCCUUUCAGUAUGGUUGUAAGAUGGGAAACGUGGAUACCUGGAGAGAGUCUGAGGAUUGCAGAAUUUCAGGAUGUCCUUGGGGAACCCAAGAUUGCCCUGCAGAAGCUCCGUGAACUCUGCUUUAGUGGGAUUCCUUUUGAUGGUGGGCUGCGCUGCCUCUGCUGGAAGAUCCUCUUGAACUACCUCCCUGUGGAGAAGGCCUUAUGGAGCACCUUGCUGAAGAAGCAGAGGGAGCUGUAUUCCCAAUUCCUGAAGGAAAUGAUUAUUCAGCCUGGGAUAGCCAAAGCCAAUCUUGGUGUCUCCAGGGAGGAUGUGACCUUAGAGGACCAUCCACUCAAUCCGAACCCAGACAGCCGGUGGAACACUUACUUCAAGGACAACGAAGUGCUGCUGCAGAUAGACAAGGAUGUCAGGAGGCUGUACCCUGAUAUGGCAUUCUUCCAGCGCCCAACUGACUACCCCUGUUUGCUAAUCCUGGACCCCCAGAAUGAGUUUGAGACUCUCCGCAAGCGGGUGGAACAGACGACACUCAAGUCACAGACAGUGGCACGAAACCGGAGUGGAGUCACAAAUGUGAGUUCCCCGCUUAAAACAUCUGCUCCGAAUUCAUUGAGUGAGUAUGAAGUUCUGCCUAAUGGCUGUGAAGCUCACUGGGAAGUGGUAGAACGAAUCCUGUUCAUCUACGCCAAGCUGAAUCCUGGGAUAGCAUAUGUCCAGGGGAUGAAUGAAAUAGUGGGGCCUCUUUACUAUACCUUUGCUACAGAUCCCAACAGUGACUGGAAAGAACAUGCAGAAGCAGAUACAUUUUUCUGCUUCACCAACCUAAUGGCUGAGAUCCGGGAUAACUUCAUUAAGAGCCUGGAUGAUUCUCAGUGUGGCAUCACCUACAAGAUGGAGAAGGUUUACUCCACCCUGAAGGAGAAGGAUGUGGAGCUGUACUUGAAACUGCAAGAGCAGAACAUCAAGCCCCAGUUCUUUGCCUUCCGUUGGCUGACGCUGCUGCUGUCCCAAGAGUUCCUGUUGCCAGACGUCAUCCGUAUUUGGGACUCUCUCUUUGCCGAUGACAACCGCUUUGAUUUUCUACUGCUUGUCUGUUGCGCCAUGUUGACACUAAUCCGAGAUCAAUUACUGGAAGGGGACUUCACUCUGAACAUGAGGCUGCUACAGGAUUAUCCCAUCUCUGAUGUACACCUGAUUCUGAAGAAAGCGAAGGAGCUUCAGGACUCCAAAUAGUCCAUAGGCCUGGCAGUGUGUGUGUGAGAGAAACUGUGCAGUAGUGUAUCCUAGGAGACUCCUUCCUGUAUGUGGUGCAUCAUCAGAGCUCCUACAAUCUCUGCUGGACAUUUGGUUUUGUGUUCCAGUAAUUGGCCUUCUUGAAGACUUCCUUCUACUCUAUUAGGUCAAGGACUGCCUAUUUCCCCAGCUAGUCAGGUCCUGCACUCCAGGUUUUCCUAAUCUCAAACAACUCCACACUGCCUGAGCAGUGCUUUGUAUUUUUUUUAAUGACUAAGUUUGGGAAGAUGGAAAUUGUUUAGCUACAUAUCUCUCAAAGUCUCAUGAAAUGAACUUUUGUGAUCAUAGCAUUAUGGAAGCAUGUGCUCAUGCACAGGAACUCCUGCAUUUGGGGAAGGGACAGGCUGGGACCAGUGGGAUUUUGGUGAGUAUAGAGAGAACAACGUCUCCAUGAAAAUACAACAUGUCACUUUGAUGUCAUGCAUCCUGCUGGUUUGAGUAGCUGCUGGAUUUUGUUCCUUUCUGGCUGCAUUUUACCAUCUCUUUUGAGUGCACAAAACAAAAAGUCCAUUUUCCUCCUGGUGAGUGGCAGGUGAGGAUUCAAAACAGCAGAGUCUCCUCCAUGGGAAAGAGACUUUAAAAAGCUGGCAUGGGAGCAGGGGCGGCUCUAGGAAUUUGGCCGCCCCAAGCAGGGCGGCAUGCCGCAGGGGGCGCGCUGCCGGUCGCCGGUCCCGCAGCUCCGGGGGACCUUUUGCAGACGUGCCUGCAGA